AAGCUUUUCAAUGACGUUGUGUGGUUUUGAUUAAUCAUUUACAGAUACCCAUCCUAUACUUACAUACCUACCUUAAACUGUAUAACUUGUGGAAAAAUAAACCGUGUAAUAAAGCUUCAGUUAAAAGUACCUAUACUUAUUCGCGAGUGCGUUAUUUCGUGUGACAAGAUAAAUUCAUACCUGAAAAAAUAAAACAGAAAAAAAAACGCCAUUAAAAUCGAUUCCGGUGAAUAAAUUCGAUCGUAAAUUUAAUUCGUUGAAAGUUCAGCCUGUCUAAUGAGUUCUAUGAUCUGUGAACGCUUUUGCCUAUAUCGUUUUUAAAGCGUGGUACUUCCGUAUGCCGUAUGGUGCGAAUUCGUGGAAACUCGGUGCAAAAUCAUGGCUGGCCAGACAUCGCGAUAAUCCACAUUUAGCGUAACGAUUCAUUAACCUCGUACUAGUAAUAAAUGCUCGUUGGGUCGCGAGACAAAAGAUAUCUCGACUAAAAGCACGUGGUUUUACGGGUUCAUCAUGUUGAUGUUAUUCCGCUCGAAAUCUAAAUUUCGUCACAGAUCCGGUAGCAAGGAUUUUUCAUUUCAUUCGCCUGUUCAUUUAUCGUCGUCGUCAUCGUCGAGUCAGAACAACAUCAACGUGUAUUUGGUUUCAUUGUUUAUCACUUUGUUGACCGGCUUGGCAAGUCCGUUUGGUAUUUGGAUCUUAUCGGUGUACGGAUUACUGUGUACGACUACGUUGUUGAUAUUCUAUUAUAAAACUAUCAAGUACGAUUUGGAUGAGAAAAUUGGUCACGUUAAAAGAUUCAUAAAGGAUAAAUUGAACGAGAUCAAGUAUAUUUUUGAAUCAUUCAUGUCAUACGUAGAUAAGGUUGAACAAGAAUUCUUGAAACUCAGCAAUAUUUCAGUUACAAUAAAUCAGAUAGUCUUCUUCACAAUCUGCGAAAAAGUCCUGCUAUCAGAUCAAAAUAUCACAGCUUUGUAUUCGUUGAUGUUCUAUAACGUGAUCAGCUAUUGUUUCUCGUACAUGAAGCAAAUGCUAGAAAAAAGUAACUGGUCGCCUUACAUCAACGUUGCCAGCCAUUCCACCAUCAAGCAUUUGGCCAUGUCAGCAACCAAGAUCGUUCUGGAAGUUACCAAAGCUGUCACAUUCGUCAUAACAUUAGUAUUCAUGCUAUUCGUACUCUGUCUAGAGCAACGUUUACAUUACUACCAGCCCACCGUAUAUUUCACCUUUUUUACCGCCAUUUAUUACCUAGCCACGGAGAAAAUGUUCGCCGAUACGUUCCCGAGUAUUUUAUCGUAUUUCCAAAUACAACGCUUGGAGAACCUGGAAACACUCUGGGCUCCGGUGCUGCUCAGCAUCACAGGACAAAUGCUAUCCUGCGGAUUUGCAGCUGUUCUAUUCUACAGAGGACUUUACCGAGGGGCCAUGAUUGCCCUUUACUUAAACGUGUAUUUGACCUACAAGAAACUCAACGAUGGCAGUUUGAGAGUGUUGAGUCGCGAAAAAGCUAUCAUAUCGCCUUUUCGAUACGCCACUAAGAAAGAAUUGGACGAAUUCGAAGAUGUCUGCGCCGUAUGUUUGACUGAUAUGCAAUUAGCGCGUAUUACACCUUGUCAUCACAUAUUCCAUACGGAUUGCCUUCGACAAUGUUUACAAACUUGUGAUAAAUGCCCCGUUUGCAAAAGAGAAUUGGUGUUUAAUUAGACGCAUUUUGUUGGCUGAAGUAAUACUCAUCUAAGUUUCUAUCAUUGUGAUCUUCGUAUAAAUCAAAAAUUUAGUAAUUAUUUUCUGUUUCCUAUUUCCUCGUAUUGUAUAGAAAAUUUUCGAAGAUUAUCUUUUGUUUUUGGGAAACAUCAUUAAUAUCUACCUACUUUCUAUAUCUUAUACCUAUUUUAGCAUUCCAUUCGUAUCGAAAUUCAUGUACAGGUAAUUUGAAUACUAGAAUAAUCGAUGGGUUUUAUAUGCCUAUACGAUAACUACCUAUCUGAGUAGGUAUUUUAUAUUACACGGUUGGAUAAAUCGUAUCUAUUCUUAUAGUAGGCUUCCCUUGACAUCCUUCUUUGAUGCUUUUACGUAAAUAGGUAAUUUUGAUUUUACUGUCAUAAUUCGUAACUAGAUAUUUUUACUAUUUUGUGUUACUUUUAUAUCGAGUAUUUUCAAUUUUGUUUCGUUUGUUUGUUUGUUUUUUUUUUCUAAAUAAAUCGUACGAGUUGUGAGUUUCUUACCUUUUA